CCGCUCCCGCCCCGGCUGGGGCAGCGCCGACAGCUCCCUUCAACCAUGCUGCCCGCGACUGGGAGUCCUGCAGUGCGCCCGGGCCGCCGGCAUUACGCUGACUCCGGGUGAAGAGCUACCGAAUUUUACCGUUUAACGUGUGUGUCACGGCUGCACCGGGCUAGGGGGGCCCGCAGGACUCCCUGAGCACGCCGCCACCUAGAUUCAAGAGCACUUUAGCAUCUCCUCAGGGUGCUUCCCUCUUUCUUCAAUUGGCUCCAACAAACAUCAUGAGGUUUCUAAGUAGUUUUACCACACCUUUUGAUGCCUCCGAAGAAGAAGUGUACCCACAAGGCCAGGAAGGCAGAGCUGAUUUUCCUUGAGAGGCCAAGGGCAGGACCCAUCCAUUGUUAUGAAACUCCACUGCAUUUGGCUGAGAAUCCCAGACAUGUGCCUACAAAACCUGUGGACCAGGACACUUCUGCUGCCUGGGUGUGCCCACAGUUUGACACAGCUAAGUCAGUGGUGUUGAAAGCACGCCAGAAAAAGCAUCGUGGUCCUCACAAGCCCUAUCAUCAGGAUGCCAAACACAGUUCAUUUCAUGCAGGAGGAGCUUGUCGAGGAGCUGUAGCCUGCAGAUUUCCUCCUUUAACUUUUGAGACUCCAGAAGGACAUACAGUCCCUCCACUGGAUCAUCCAAAUCGCUUGAGAAAGAAUGCAGAAUGCUCUCACAACCAGCCUAAGAAAGGGACAGCAGCAAACGCCAACAUCCAGGUGAAGCAUCCAGAGAACUGUGGAGAGCCUCCUCCCCAGCCUGUGGAGCAAGAAGUCCUUAGACCUCCAGAUGCAGAGGCUGCACAGGUUUCUUCCCCAAGGAAUGGGAGAUGCAGCAACACUCUAGCACAAAUUGGUCAUGUCUGGCAUCCAGAAAAAGAGCUGGCAUUUGGUACUGAUCCCUGUGGGAGAGGGGAGGUGGCAGCAGUGCUGGUUACAGAUACUCCCGAGCACGAGUAUGGAGUGAAGGUCACCUGGAGACGGCGGCCUCGCAUAAUGAAGUACCUGCGGGAGCAAGGGAAGCUGAGCGCUGCGGACAUCCUGGUGAAGGCAGACAUGGAGCUCUCGAGGAGACAGACCCACACCUGACCGGGCGGGAGCAGCCACUCUGCUGCGUGAAGGACACGCCUGAACAGACGAUGUCGC